AUGUAAACAUUGUAACCAGAGUAUAAUUUAGUUGAAUAGUAAAGAAUAGGCUUAUAGUUAUUAUAAAGAAGUCAAACAAUUUUGCAAUAGGCUGUAGCUAAUUUCUUUGAUGAACUCAAACAUACAUUCAUUUCUUUAACAUCUAAUCAUUCAAAUUUAACCUAGAAGAAAGUAUUAUAGGAGGAAUUAGAGAAAAUUAUGUUUGAAUUAAAUGAAUACAUAUCCACGAAUGACUUUUAAAUAUCAGAAUUCUUCGAAAGGGAUUUCAGAGCAUCAAUCAAGAAAAUGAGAGAAAAUGUUACUCAAUUCAUAGAGAAAACUAAAAUUGAGUACAAGAAACCAAAUCUAAAAAUAAAUGAUAAAUUCACCUAAGACAUUCCACAAUUGCUUUCAAAUUAUAUUAGUAUAACUUUCGAGAAGAACCACAUGGAUAAGACAGAGAUUAGAGCACCAAAGCCAAGACAAACCUUGCAUUUCACAAUGGAAAGGAAUAAUAGUCAGAGACUAGAAAGAAAGAUGACAUUGAUAAAUCCCUAAAACUUGGCUUAGUCUCAAAUCUUGAAUCAUACUUAUCUCUAAGCAAUUACAGAGUAGAACCUGGAAGAUCAGUUGAUUUAAUAGUUUGACUAAAAUGAAGAAAUCUAAAAGAUUGUAAUUCUUGAGCAAUCAAGAGUGAGAUACUUACAUUCAUUAAUUGAUGCUUAGACACUUUUUAUACAUGAUAUUCAAUUAAAAGAGAACUAAUUGAUUUCACUUCCUGAAAGUGCAAAAAUACCGGAGAAUGCCUAAACACUUAUAACAAGUGAUUUAAUAUUGUACAUUUGUGGUGGGAUCCAUAAUUCAGUACUUAGUUAAAAAUUCUAUUAAUUUGACAAUGUUCAUGGAUUAUUGCAACUACCCAACUUAUUAGAACCUGUAAAUCAUCACAGUUUAAUAUAUGUGAAGGGAUUCAUUUAUGUGAUUGGGGGUAAGACUCUAGAUGGUGUAACCGCUAAAUGUUGGAGGUUUAUUGUGAAUACUUAAUUAUGGGAAGAGUUUGCUGCUUUGAAUGAACCUCGAUCUCAUCAUUCCUCAUGUGUUUUUGAAAAUGAGGAUCAAGAUAAGGAGGAAUUCUGUUGGAUUCAAUAGAAAAGUAUAGUAAUUUGGAAAGGAGAUGGCAAAGCAUUUUAGUUAAAAAUAUGA